AAUCUGCUCCUAAAUCACUUGCUGCUAUAAGAAAGAAGUCCGGACUAGGAGGCUAUCGUCACCGCUGGAAGAAACACCUAGGGAUUAAUCCUAGGGCGGGCGUAGGAUCUUAUAUCUAUUGGAAUUGGUUAUUAAUUUACAUAUUACGUAGUACGAGUAAUUUAUUCAGUGUUUGUCUAGUUUCAAAUGGAUUAGAGAAGUUAUUUAAUGGUUGCUAAUUGUAACUAAACUAGAAUAAGCUUUGUUUGCUGUGAUUCUUGUAUUUCUGUUUACUAUUGUUUCAUUUCAGUUUGGUUUAAACGAUAAGAGCGGAGCAACCCUAACCCCGUCGCCGCCCGCCGCCCGCCGCCCGCCGCCCGCCGCCCGCCGCCCGCCGCCCGCCGCCCGCCGCCCUCCGCCCGCCGCCCGCCGCCGUCCUCAGGCACUCCUGUCUCCCGGUAUCUCCUCUCUGAAAUGUCGUUUAGACACGUUGCAAGAUCCAGAGUCUUCAUUUCUCUGAUCUCCACUACACAACUCUACCACACACCUGCCGCCGCGGCGAAACUCUCAUGUCCUCCCUUGGCGUCGCCAUUUUUUCCGACCUUUCACUCCGGAAAUGGCCGCGGGUACCACGACGGGCGGCCCAGAGGCCCGCUGUGGAGAGGGAAGAAGAUGAUAGGAAAGGAGGCUCUUUUCGUGAUACAAGGCGUGAAGAGAUUCAAAGACGACGAAGAGAAGCUGGACAAGUUCGUGAAAACUCACGUGCUUCGGCUUCUGAAAUUGGACAUGAUUGCGGUACUCAACGAGCUCGAACGGCAAGAGGAGGUCUCUCUCGCGGUAAAGAUCUUUAAGGUGAUUAGGGAGGAAAAGUGGUACACUCCAGAUGUUUAUCUGUACAAGGACUUGAUAAUCGCAUUAGCUAGACGAAAAGAGAUGCAAGAAGCGAUGGAGUUAUGGGAGAGCAUGAGGAAUGAAGAUCUGUUUCCAGAUUCACAGACAUAUACUGAAGUUAUUAGAGGGUUCUUGAGGGAUGGGUCUCCAGCAGAUGCGAUGAAUGUUUAUGAAGAUAUGAAGAAAUCUCCAUACCCACCAGAUCAGUUGCCUUUCAGGAUUUUGUUAAAGGGGCUUUUGCCACAUCCUUUGCUCAGGAACAGGGUGAAACAAGACUUUGAGGAGAUCUUCCCCGAUCAGCGUGUUUAUGAUCCUCCAGAAGAGAUAUUUGGUUUAAGCUGAUCCAGGUAUAGAUGCAUGUAUGCAUCUUGAAUCCAGUGUUAGAUUUAAUAAACGAUUACAAUUUACAAACUUCACUCAAUCUAAUGAUAUUUGUAUGACUUUGAACUAGCUAAACAACCUCCCUAUUCUUCUAAUGUGUGUAAUCUCAAGAUGUAGAGCUGGUUUUGUAGCCUUAGCGGACUAACCAGAACAAGAAGUUUCUUUGAAUGGCAGACAGGAAGCAGAAUGAGUAUGUUUUUCUUUUCUUUGAACAAAUGGCAGAUAUGAAUUUUAAUUUUUCCUUUCAAGAAAUUCAACCAAACUACCGAAACAGGCUCUCAUACUCAAGAUGGUGUUUAAACAUACAACAGCGCAAUUAGUGUAUAAGCAUCAACCAGAGGGAGCUGUGGGAAGUGCUGAUGGGGCUGAGAUACAUCCCAACUUUUCAGCUCUUAGAAUGUGUGACACUCUUCUUGCACUGUUUUUUGCAUCCAGGAAAAAGAAAUCUCAAAUUAUUCAAACUUCAAAGGCAGUUUUGGUAGAUUAGGAGGCUUUCUUCCGGCCAUGAGAAGACUUCUGAUUCGUAGGAUGUAAUUGUAUAAUCUAUGAAUGUGAGAACUCGGUCGGACUGACUAAUGGGCAUUUGUAAGAAUCAAUAUUCAUAGGAUAUCAAUUCUCAAAACCACAGCUUGUGUAUCUAAGUUUGUUCAAUAUGUUAUGGCUGAAGCGGACUUUGGCUGAUCAAUCCGAUCAGUUCAUCUAUUGUCAGCAAGUAGGAUGGUAUUGACUCUCACAUGAAACGCACAUCGAAUUAUACAAGGCAUAGUAGUAGAACUCGAGAUCCUAGCAGGAUUGGAAAAUGAAUCAAAGGUCAUAAAUUGCAAGAUCGUAACCCAUAUGUAAGAUCCUAUUAUAUGUGUUCCAACACAUAACAUGCUACACAGUAUAUGACUAUGUGUUCUACCAAUUUCAUACACAUAAUUUACGGGGCAUAUUAAUGUAUAUGUAUGUAUUGCCUGCGCUAGCUACAAAAC